GCGCAUGCGCAUCAAAGCCUGAGCUCCUCUGCCAGUAAGUGAGUGCUGGAAAACAAAAGCAGUUAGACGCGACUGGGAAAUGUCAUCAUUAAUCCUUCAUGAAAGAAGUGGACUUCUGACGAUCACUGCUAUUGUUCCCUGAACAGGUGACAUUAGAGAACUGUUGUCGUUGUGUCUGCUGUUUGUCUGUGACUGAGACUCCACGUCUCGCAAAGAGCGAGAGACUCCGUCGGCUGUUCAGGAUCCACAGGUUUUCCUCAUCGCGUGAUUUGUGUUUAAUUCUCGUUUUUUUUUCUGGAUUAUUCUGGACAGAAGGACCGAAUUUGUGAAAGAAGAUCUGUUGUAUCACUGUUCCUGUCACGGACUUGUUUAUUUCACUGACUGGAAGGAACAAUGAAGUUAUUUCUCUGGUGAUUGACGUUGAAUGCUACGUCACAGAUUUUUUUUUUUGUAAAUUCUUAGUUUGGCACCUAAAGAUUUCACAGAUUAAUUUCUGCAACUUUUUUUUAAAACCUUUGGCGGUUCUAUACUCUGCAUUUGAGCUGACAGUUUCAUAUGGAUUUUAGGUCGUGAGGAGCGGAGAUAAACCUGCGCGCGCAUCUUUCGAGAAGAAGCGCUGUCCGUGGUCCUGAUUUCAUUUCGGAAACUUCUUCUAACUUCUCCAAGGGUUUCUACAAACACCAACACUUAGAGCGACUUUGUGCAUCUGAAGCUGCAGAAAGAGCUUAAUAUGGUAACUCAAACCAGAGUUCAUCUGCAAACUUUGGUAAUUUUGAUUUUUCAUGUCCACCUGAGCCAGCCGGUAUGUGUCGAUGUCCCGUCAGCUACAGAAGCAGUCCUGGGGAAGUCUAUGAAGUUGACCUGCAUCUCCUGUUUGAAACGAGAGGAGAUCAAAGCAAAGACACGUGUGGAUUGGUUCUACAUGCCAAACAAAGAAAGUGACACGCCAAUCGACAGAACUCAUAUAUACAAGUAUGAGGAUGAAGUUCCACAGGAAGUGGACGGACCUUUUAAAGGCCGUCUCAGGUGGGACGGGAGCAAGGACCUGCAAGAUGUCUCCAUUCAAAUCAAAAAUGUCACCCUCAACGACAGCGGAGUGUAUGAGUGCCAUGUGUAUCGUGAGUUCGAGUUUGACUUCUUCACUCCCUCAGUCUUCCUCAUUAAGGACAUCAAGCUGAAGGUGAAAGAGCGAGCCACUCAAGACCCCACAGCACUCUACUCUGAGAUCAUGAUGUAUGUGCUGCUGGUGUUCUUGACCCUCUGGCUGCUAGUGGAAAUGGUCUACUGCUACAGGAAGAUCUCCAGGUCUGACGAGCAGGUGCAGGACACAGCGACAAACUACCUAGCCAUUCCCUCUGUGCAGAAAGCAAAUCCAGCCGUUCCUGUAACCGAAUGAAAGUGGUUGUCAGUAAUACGGUAUUAACCAAUCAGGAGGGGAAUUCAGAGACAUGUGACAGAACACAACAGGCAUAGAUUUAUCACCAUCUACAGUAUGUCUCUGUGAAGGAAUCGUUACUGCCAAUCACACAUGAGACAACAGACCUCCCCUGUGUUUCAAUGGAGUCUUGUGAAGAGCCAGACAAAAAUGUCCAAGUGCUCAAAGUUAUACUUCUUUUCCUCCCGUUACUAUUAUCAUUUUUUGUUUUUACCUUUGUGCCAGGCAUCUGCAGACAAGUGCAUUCAUAAAUACAGCAGGUAUAAAGGACACGUAAGUCACUGUUUUGCACUUAUUAGAAGAUAAAUACCAGCUUUGCUUCAUUUGGACCUGACGGUGUUAAAAGUUGCUGAACAUUGCCUUGCAUUCAGUGGUGUCUCUCUUAUUUAUUUUUAACCUUUUAAACAGAAAAGAUUCUGUAAAAAGACAGCCCUGCUGCUGUUGUACACAACUUUUACUGCCGCUGUAGUACUGUGUAGUUCAUUUUGUGUAUUACAAUUUUAUAGACCACGCUGACAUUUUGUGUCAAAGUUUUAUUCGUACUGGCAAAUAUCUUUUGAUGUAUUUUUAUGGAGAACACUUUCAAAGCUUUUAUACGGUGUGGAUGUGCAUUACUGUGUUUUUUGCUGUGUGCAUCACUGAAACCACAGUGUAAUGAAACAAUCAGAUGAUAUUGUCAUUUUAUUCCAGUUAAUCUGACUCACCUUGAGAUCUUUCCUACACUCUCCUCCUCUGUAUGAAUCUUUUAUUCGUGUUCCUGUGUCAGCACUGACGUCAAAGUGCAUCCAGUAAGUGAAGUCUCACUGCACAUACAGUUACUCUGAAAAUGUUUCUAAAGCUUUGACUGUUGCUGGUGUCCUACAGUAGCAUUGCUAUUGAGACUACAUGUGUGCCUAUUUCUAGAGUACAACACUGUAGAAAUGUUUCUACACCUUUCUUUGCCUAUUAGAGAUCUCUCCUGUGUGAGUGAGCUGCUUUUGAACUAUUAAACAUGAUGCCCUUCA